AUGACUGUGGUCCCCAAUCAUCUGUUCUGGGACCUGAGACCUUCAGGGCUGCAUGAGUUGGGAAAAGGCAAAGCCUUUUUCCUGCCCCUGGCAACUAUUUAUUCCUCUGACUACCGGCACAGCACCCUACAGUAUCAGGGGUUGCCAAGGAAGAUGUAUCCGCCAGCCACCUGCACACGUCCUGACACCCUCUCAUCUCGGUCUCGCGUCUUGGGUGGCCCUCGCUGUCUCUCACCUUCCGCCGCCGCCGCCGCCGCUGCGGGCGAACUGCUCAAGUUCGGCGUGCAGGCGCUGCUGGCGGCGCGGCCCUUCCAUAGCCACUUGGCUGUGUUGAAGGCCGAUCAGGCAGGGGUGUUUAAGUUCCCGUUGGCGCCACUGGGCUGCUCUGGCCUGGGCUCGGCGCUGCUGGCAGCGGGGCCUGGGCUUCCUGGUGCCCCUGGCACACCGCACCUGCCACUGGAACUGCAGCUUCGAGGGAAGCUGGAGGCAACGGGCGCUGGGGAGCCGGGCACCAAAGCCAAGAAGGGGCGUCGGAGCCGCACCGUGUUCACCGAGCUGCAGCUGAUGGGUCUAGAGAAACGCUUUGAGAAGCAGAAGUACCUCUCCACGCCUGACAGAAUAGAUCUCGCUGAGUCUCUGGGACUGAGCCAGUUGCAGGUGAAGACCUGGUACCAGAAUCGGAGGAUGAAGUGGAAGAAAAUAGUGCUGCAGGGCGGUGGCCUGGAGUCUCCCACCAAGCCGAAGGGGCGGCCCAAGAAGAACUCCAUUCCCACAAGCGAGCAGCUGACCGAGCAGGAGCGCGCCAAGGAGGCAGAGAAGCCAGCCGAGGCUCCUGGAGACGCCAGCGACAGGAGCCGCGAGGACUGAGCCUGGCAGACAG